AUGUUGCGCGUCGCAUGCAUGAGCUCGACUUCCAAGGAGGACGCACAGACUACUAUGCGCUUAUCACGGACUCCGAGCCAUUCGGGGCUGUUGCCUGGCGCUGGCGCUGGUAAUAUAUCCCUGGGGACCUUGGAGUCUGCUGGUAGGGCAACUAGCGGAUAG